UGAUCAUGAGCAUGAGUGAGACUUAAGUGGCCACUUGCAACGACCAAACAGCCCCUUCUUCCUCCUCUGCCGAGCGCCGCCACCCAUCCCGCUGCCGAGCACCCGAGCCCCUAGCUCGUCUUCCUCAUCGCGCGAGCGCCUCCACCGCAGGUGGUGAUGCCGCCAGUGGAAUCGCCUCGAUGGCAGCAGAAGGCAACGGAUUUCUUCUCUUCAUCUAGUUUCAAACUGAAGCAGGCAGGGCAAUCUGCUGGGGAUAAUAUAGCUGAUGUUGCAGGGAAGGUUGGGUCAGUGGUGAAGAGUCGGUGGGCUAUCUUUCAGGAUGCUAGACAACGGCCACCACCCCCAGGCGAUACCGUGCAGGAACGCUUCAUUUCUGCUGCUGCCAACACUGGGGUGAUUCUGAGGAAGGGCAUUUCAGAGACGAAGGAGAAGGUUGCAGUAGGAAAGGUCAAAGUUGAAGAGGCUGCUAAAAAAACUGCAGAUAAAAGCAAAACUAUUUUGAACAAUAUUGAACGCUGGCAGAAGGGAGUUGCCAGCACUGACGUCUUUGGUGUCCCUAUAGAAGCCACUGUACAACGAGAGCAAUCUGGUAAAGCUGUGCCCCUGAUACUGGCAAAGUGUGCAGACUACCUAGUGAUAUCAGGUUUGAGUAAUGAGUACUUGUUCAGAUCUGAAGGUGACAGAAAAGUUCUUCAGCAAUUAGUUUCGCUUUAUAAUGAGGAUUCGGGUGCAUCUUUGCCUGAUGGUGUAAGCCCUAUUGACGUAGCUGCAUUGAUCAAGUGCUACCUUGCAAGCAUUCCUGAGCCACUUACUACGUUAGCUCUUUAUGGUGAGCUUAGAGAUGCGAGGGUUAGCAUUGAUGAUCUUAAGAACAUACUGAAGAAGCUUCCAAAUGUGAACUACAUGACACUAGAAUUUAUUACAGCAUUGCUAUUGAGAGUAAGCCGUAAAUCAUCACUUAACAAGAUGGACUCUCGUAGCCUUGCUGUGGAGUUUGCACCUUUGAUCAUGUGGCAGCAAGGGGAUUCUGGAACAGAUUUACGGAAUCAUCUCAGGUUCACCCUAAAAGCACCUCCGAAAAUGGUGGAUACAACAUCAAAUACCGCUACGUGGGACCUGCUAGAUGAGGAUGAUGUGGAUGCUUCUUCACAAAUCCCCUUGGAUGAUAUGUCGCCCCCAGACUACAGUGCCAUUGAGGUCAUCCAGUGCCUGAUUGAGCAUCACAACCCCAUAUUCACCGAUGCAAACGAGACUGUAUGGAGGUGACCUGACCCAGCAUCUCCUCUUUAGAUUAUCUGUGGUGUUUAGCUCGUGCUAUGUACAAGUUCCAGAUAGGAUGGGUGAUGAUGGAGUGUAGUGUCGUGCAUAAUUUUCAGGGAUAAGCAUUCUGGUCCGAACUUUUCCUUUUUGGGGAGUGAAAGUAGGGACUGUAUAUACGCUAGUAUUAAUUCUCCACAAGGCAGAGUUGCCUUGUGGGGUUGCCUCGUUAAUAAUGUAGCAGCACUCUUUUGC